AUGACUACAGUCGACACCUCUCUUCCUCCAGAACCAUCUGGGGCUGCGGCUGGUUUGGCUGAUCACCAUUCUGAUACCCAGUCGCUGAAGCUCUAUGGUGGUUGGUUCUGUCCAUUUGUCCAACGCUCCUGGAUCGUGCUCGAGGAAAAGAAGAUCCCUUACCAGUACAUCGAGGUCAAUCCCUACAAGAAGGAGGCCUCAUUCUUGGCCAUGAAUCCCCGCGGCCUUGUACCAACGCUUGCUGUACCGAUUGGCACGCACGGCUCAGAGCAGAACCCUCUGUUCGAAAGCAACAUCAUCAGCGAGUACCUGGAUGAGCAAUACAGCGAUGAAAUUAAAUACGGACCCAGCCUACUACCAAAGGAGCCUUAUGAAAGAGCUCGCGCUCGCCUCUGGAUCGACCAUAUCAGCAACAAAAUUAUCCCCGCGUUCUACAAGUUGCUGCAGCACACCAAGGAGAAGCCAUUUACGCUGGACGAUGGCAGAAAAGAGCUCCAUAAGCACAUCCACGCACUUACAGAACAGAUGGACCCAGAAGGUCCUUUUUUUGCAGGCAAGGAACUGAGCAUGGUGGAUAUCUCUCUCGCACCGUGGGCGAAGCGACUUUGGCUGAUUGACCACUACAAAACCGGUGGCACCGGAAUUCCUUCCGAAGGCCAAGAUGAAGAAUGGGGAAGAUGGAGAAAAUGGUUCAAAGCAAUUGCGGAGCGCAAGAGUGUAAAGGAUACGUGGAGUGCUGAUGAACGCUACAUUGUUGCGUACAAGAGAUACGCUGAUGAUACCACCAACUCAGAGGUCGGACAAGCAACGCGCCAGGGCAAGAGAUUGCCCUAG